UAUCAGGUAAUCAAAGUUCAGACCGUGUUUAGUGAUUGGGUUUCCAAAAUUAUCAAACCAUCAGAGUUGAUCUUUUGAAUGGAGGACUUCCGAGUCUGUCCAGUGACUAACUACUACAAAAGGAUCCUUCUACCAGUGUCCUACAGUCUUGUGUUUCUGCUGGGCCUGAGUUUGAACGGCGCCCUGCUGUGGAGUGUGUGCUGUCGGACGCGCCGCUCGAGCAGCACCGUGAUCUACCUGACCAACCUCGCAGCGGCGGAUCUUCUCUACGUGCUGGCCUUGCCCCCUCUCAUCAUCAGCAAUGCCAUGGGAGGCCUGUGGCCCUUCGGCAACAUCAUCUGCAAAGCCGUCCGAUUUUUCUUUUACGUCAACCUCCACUGUAGCAUGAUGUUUCUAACCUGCGUCAGCGUGCACCGUUUCCUUGGAGUGUGUUUCCCCAUCGCCGCUGUGCGGCUCAGGACAAAAAAACUCGCGCUCUUUGCGUCAGGCUCGGUUUGGGUCCUGGCCACUGCAGAGAUUUUACCUACCCUGGUCUUUGCGCACACGGGUGUGAUCAACAACAUGACUGUGUGCUUCGAAAUGACUAACCCGAAAGACUUUAACGUUUACUUCCCCUAUGGUCUGUUUUUAGCCAUAGUGGGUUUUCUGAUCCCAUUCCUGGUCGUGAUCACCUGUUACUGCUCCAUGAUAAAGGUGCUUUAUUGCAGGGGCGCGGACAGAAUCUCCAACGGCAGGACUGCUCGUAUGCGUAACAAGUCCCUGUACACUCUCUUACUUGUGUGUCUCAUGUUCGUGGUGUGUUUUGUGCCUUAUCACAUUGCUCGUACCGUCUACUUGAUUGUGAGGGUCUACAGGCCCGGAAACUGUCAUCUGCUGAAUGUGGUCAUGAUCUCCUAUAAAGUCUGGGAACCGGUGGUCAGUUUCAACUGCUGCGCAAAUCCUCUCCUCUACUUUUGGGGCUCUCACUGGCACCGUCAGAAGCUCUGGACCUGGCUGUGUAGGAGGAAGAGAGUGCAGCCCGGAGUGUCUCUGGUGGAUGUAGGCAGCACGAACAGGUUCGGAGGGUAGACAACAUCCAUCAGAGGACUCGUCAGUCUAUACAGUGACUCUUUUGUAAUGAGUAACUGGACAUUAAUAACGGUAUGGGCUGUCCCAACACCGUCUACAAGCUGUGUUUAAUAACUCCUUUUAUUAUUUUAAAUAUAAAAAUAUGUAUUUGGCAACAUUCAACAGGUCACAGAAACCCAUGACCUGUCAGGCAUACUUUUGGUACACUAUAAUUUAUUCUACAAACCUAUUGUAAACUAUAAAACCUGGAGGAUCAGCAAAAGUAAGGAACUAACUGACACUGCAAAUACUCAGAUUGCUGAAGGCGGUUAUUGAAAAGCAGCGAUAUUGUGGCCAGAACUGAAAUGAAACAUUUGUGGGAAUCACUGCCCUCUGGCGUUUGCAGAGGGUUGAGUCUCUCAAACAGACCCCGAGAACAGCAUCCAGGCACCAUAAAGAAUCAGCCCAGUUUUAUGAAAUGAAUUUUUUGGGGGAAAAAAACUCAAAAAACAAAACAAAAACAAACACAACUCAGCUGUUGUGUGGUUUCUGUAAAAGGCACAACACCUCACGUGUG